CGCUGACUGCACCAUUCCAUCUGGCUCCCUUCGGCAUUCUUCUCAUCACUUGACCUUCGCCCCUUGCAACGUCCAGAGUUCCUGCAGAGUGGCCCUGAAGGUCGGCUUGUCCAGAGCUGAGACAAAGCAUCCACUGUCCAUAUCUGUCUGAGACUCUCCAGCCACAGAAACGCUGCCUCUCCCAAACAACACACCAAGUUUUUAAAACCAGCAGAGAAGCUCGAUGUGUUUGAAGGUAACAUCACAAAGGGAUCUGUUCCGCACCUGGGGCACGGAAUCGCAGUCACAGACGAUCGGUGUCGCCAAUUUCUAAAGUUUUGACAAUUGAAAAUCAGUCAACAUCUCUCAACUAUGUCCAGCAUCCAAAUUUAUCCCAGGCGUGACAAAUAUAGAGUACAUCAGCCGUUCUUCACUGCCUUUCCAAAUGAGAGAAAACCUCUAACAGGAGCCAACAUGAGUCUGAAGAAACUGAAGUUCUUUAAGUUUAAGGGUUUCGGCAGUUUAACAAACAUCCGACGAUCUUUCAGCAGUUCUUCUGACAGUAAGAAGAAAGAGUUGGGAGACAACCAUCUAGAUUUCCAGAUUUGUAGGGAGCCUGGCAAGGGAACUUUGGAUGAUUUGGAAACCGUGCCCCACAGCCCCAGCUAUGUCCGAUCAAGUGAAAUGUACACCUACGUUGGCACAAUGCCACGUCGGAACUCUAACAGGGCUGAGAAGCCAAAGAAAAAGCCAUGCGCUGCUGAAGGACAGACCAAAGGAAGGGGUAGACCUGGCCCUCUGCCACCCGUGCCAAAUAGUGACCAAAAUGAAACACCGGAUAAAGAGCAAUCGCUGGCUGAGGUGGCAAGGCCAGACAAGGUCGGUAUUGCCCAGGAAUGUCAGAGCACCAACCACGUAAAGCCAGUGUUCUUUGAGUCUGAAGCACCGACGUCAAACUCAGCCCAGUCAUCUCCUCGUCGAAAUAAGGAUGAUCAGAAGAGACACAUUGAACCCCAACUUAAAAAUAGCCAGAACAAAUCAAAUGAACUUGCAAACGGUGAAGUUCAGGCGUUUCCUGCUAAGGAUGGAGCUGACCAAUGUAAUCAUACAGGAUCAGAAAUCACAGCUGACAAGAGUGAGCUGACAGAUGACAGUAACCUACAGAAUAUGGAUUCCAAGUCAGAAUAUGUCAAGUUUUCAAAGGAUAAAUAUAUCCUGGAUUCCAGUCCUGAGAAACUGCACAAAGAGUUGGAGGAGGAGCUCAAACUGAGUAGCACAGACCUGCGGAGUCACGCCUGGUACCAUGGGCGCAUUCCACGCGAGGUGUCUGAGAAUCUAAUGCAGAAAAAUGGCGAUUUCCUCAUUCGAGAUUCCCUCACGUGUGUCGGUGAUUACGUGUUGACCUGCCAAUGGAGAAAUGAACCUCUCCACUUCAAAAUCAACAAGGUGAUGAUCAAACAGAACGAGGCCUUCACCCGCAUCCAGUUUCUGUUCGAACGGGAGAGCUUCGACAACAUCCCCGCCCUGGUCAGGUUUUACGUCAGGAACCGCAAGCCCGUUUCCGAGCAGAGUGGUGCCAUCAUCUACUGUCCAAUCAACCGCACCCUUCCCCUGCGAUACCUGGAGGCCAGCUACGGGCUGUCCAAUGGGAAGUAUGGGCUCGCUCACCCCUCUGCAAAUCAGAAAGGUGGAUACAUCAAGCGAAGGAGUGUGACCAUGACAGACGGUCUGACAUCUGACAAGAUCAUCCGAAGUGACAGCUGUGGUAACAGCAUUCCGUCACCACAUCACAAGGAUCCAAUCCGCAACUUUGCUCUUAGCAUGGAUCAAAUCAAGGACAUUCGCCACGGAAUGGGCCCAGUGAAUGAGAUCCCUCUCUCUCCAGAGUACAGCACAAGCUUGAAGCACAAAAGCCAGCUGGGCCGAGUAGCGAGGAUGUCGCCAUCAUCGCCUGUACUCCGGCGAUCCAGUGAGCCACAACUAAGCCCAACGAUCGGUCACAGUCUGUGUCAGGAGCCCAACAAGGACAAGGCACCAGAGGCUUCGAGUGGACCUCAUUGCACCAGCACACAUUCCACCCAGUCGCACGGCUCCUCGCAGUCAGACCAGAGGGUUGGCUCGGAGAACUGUGGGGAAUCAGAGCACAGCCACUACUGCGAGCUGCGGCCAUCUUCGCCGAUCGACUGGGAGAGGCAGCAGCUGGAAGUGGCCCUCAAGCAAAGCCAGCCAAUGGCAAAGAGCUACGUGGAACGGUUGAAAGUUGAGGAAAAUCCAAACAUAUCUAGCUGGCAGUCGGAGACGAACUUCGGGUUCCUGGAGUCAGAGACGUAUCUCAGUCCCUUGCCCAGCUGUGCAGAGGAGGAGGAGGAGGAGGGACAGCAGUGCCAUUGGUUCACAGCCCCGGUCAUCGAACUGGAAUCUUCCUUUCACCCAAACGGUUAUAAGUCUCUGCUCAUUCCCUUGGAGAACAAGCCACUCGAGAUGACCGUCCUAAAGAGAGUCAAGGAGCUGUUGGCUGAGGAAGAUGCAAAAACUAUUGCCAAACAUAUCACAAAAGUUGACUGCACGGUUGCUAGGAUACUGGCUGUUUCUAAGGAGCUGCAGAAGCAGAUGGGAGUGAGCUCAGGGCUGGAGUUACUGACUCUUCCCCAUGGGCACCAGCUUCGACUCGACUUACUGGAACGGUUUAAUACCAUGUCAAUCAUGAUGGCAGUGGACAUUCUGGGCUGCACGAGCAGCACAGAGGAGCGAGCUUCCCUCCUGCAUAAAACUAUACAGUUGGCUGCUGAACUGAAGAGCAAUAUGGGAAAUAUGUUUGGCUUUGCCGCUGUGAUGAAAGCUUUGGAAAUGCCUCAGAUUUCGAGGCUCGAGCAGACAUGGAUGGCUCUUAGACAGCGACACACUGAGGGGGCGAUUCUUUAUGAAAAGAAGUUGAAACCCUUCAUGAGGAACAUGAAUGAAGGAAGAGAAGCAUCUCCAUUGACCAACACCACCUUUCCUCACGUGGUUCCUCUCAUCACUUUGCUUGAGCGUAAUUUGGCAACGACUGAGAACAUUGAGCCAUGGGAGAUCAGCGACAGUGGCGUCGAGGUGGUGAUGUCACAUCUGGAGGCUGCAAGAACAAUUGCUCAACACGGGGGGCUAUAUAAAACCAACGCUGAACUGAAACUACAAGGUUUUCAGGAGAAUGAGCAAGUUCUUGAAGUCUUCAAGACAGAGUUCCAAAUGCGGUUGCUGUGGGGCAGCAGAGGAGCAGGCGGCAGCCAAGCCGAGCGAUACAAAAAGUUUGACAAGGUCCUAUGUGCGCUGUCGAACAAGCUGGAGCCUCCAGUCCGUCACAGUGAAUUGUAGCAUGGAGCAAACAUCUUCGCAAGCCUGGUUAAGGGGAUCAGUAAACAGGAACUUCCUAGUAUUGUUCUUUUCUCAUUCACUUAUUUCUAGAAAUCCCAUCUGUUUAAUGGGCUAUCGUAAGUCAUUGGUAAUUCAUGUGUGCACAGAUUCAUAAAUAGAAAGAGAUGGGCAUGGAUUACAAACGUUGAUUAACCGUUAUAGAUCUUAGAAACUAUGACAAUCUCGGACUUAGUGCUUUGAUAACGUUCCUAAUCAUUUAUUGCCAAGCAGUAUGGAUCAGAAUAGUCCACAGAAAAGCAUGUGCAAAAUGUAAUCUCAUUUCAUCAAGGUGAACAUUGAGGUGUUACAGAGGGUGAAAAGGAACUUUUCUUUUAGACUGGAGAAGUGGGGAGGAAACUCAGCAAGCAGUUGCAAUCCAGUGAGUUUUACUGGGAAGUGGACCUGCAUUUGAAAUUGGAUGAAGCCAAGAUGCUACUAGCUUACUGGGACUGACGGUCAAACCUGUUUUGAACAACAGUCAUGUGGAUAAGGUUCUGGAGCCCGAAUUGGCACCUUUUAGAAGAGGAACUAAACCACAGUGGAAAACUGAUAAAUCUUUCAAAAGGUAACCAAACCCAAAAAGAUUUGCACUUUUUCCAAAAAAAAAACUAACCAACAAUAUUGCAAUAUGUAGUUAUCUAACAUCUUGAAUGUGAGGAAAUGAUAGCUGUGAAAGUCAUGGUGCUCCACUGCCUAAAGGAGAUCUAGUCAAAUGAUGCCUCCGAGAUCUAAAUGACUAAAAAAUCAACAAAGUCUUAAUGAAAGAUGGCAGGCAGCAAUCCUUCAGAGGCAAAACUAGGGUUGUUUGGUUUGUUAUCCAUAAAAUAACAUCUGACUGUCUCACUGUGUUAGCUUACCGGAAAAUUAUACUGUGAGAUAAGUUAGGGGUAAGAUGGCACAUCAGCACUCGAUACCCAAUACCACUGUAUUGGUGGGAAGGGUAAUCCCAGAAUAAUUGGCAUCAGUAACACCAUGCACCCAUGUCAACCCAACCGGGUGCAGUGUGAGAGGCAUCUCAUUUUUGAGAUGGCUUGGAGCUUUCUAAUAGCAGAGAGCACAAUCUGCACUCUGAAGGCAAUGCUGAGGAACAGAGAGUAAAGAUAUACACAGAUGCUGCCCAUUACCCGAGCAACUAGAUAGGAAGCAAAUGUUUAGCUUCCAAUCUUUGUUCAGUGACCUUCCCCAUAUGUGAAACAUUGAUGCCUUGUAUGCUCUCCAACCCUCUACAACUGGACUUCUUUGCUUAAACUACUUUGAAGAAAGUUAAACCCAAGGACCCAAGCAUGCACUUUCAGGAGGGAAAACAGAAGACAUGCCAUGGGAGGGAAGACUUUGGGGGGGGGGGAAAGGGUUGUUGCAAAAACUGAGUAAUUGUACUCUUAAGUAUCAGGAUACUAACCUUUCCUCGGUCCUGUUGGACUCCUGCACAUCAAACUGUCUUUCAUUGAAGGAGUAGAGAAACUCAACAAUCUGGAAUAGACUCACUCUUUUGUAGCUUUCUGGCUUAAAAUACAGAAUUUAACUUGAAAAUAUGUCAUUACCAGUGUACUUAACAGUGUUAGUGAAUAAGGUUAGGGUUAGAUGCAUAAGUGGUAUAUCUUACUGCUGAAGACAAUGAACUCUGUAAAAGCUGAAGACAGGCCUUCACCACAGUGCUAACAUUUACUGCUAUUCCCAAGAGGUUCCUUUGGGGGAGGGGCCAGCAUUAUUCUGUUUCUGAGACAGAUGCUGCCAAAACUAUGCUUUCCGAGUCGCAUACAACACACCAUAACAAAUGUUUAACAGCACUCCAUUUGGCAUUGGCCACGUUGAAUGGCACAACAAAUGGAAUGCAGGUGCACAGAUCCAAACAGACACAACCGAAUAGACAACAGUAAUUAAUACUGUACAUGUCCAACACCAAUCCUGCAUUAAUUGCCCAAAAAAGGAACAUACCUCAUAUACGUACUAAUGUGGUCCUCAGGCCAUCUAAUUACAUUUAUGUUUAACCGCAAAACUCUUCAGUGUUCUUCUGCUUUUGCAACAAUGGCACAGUGUAAAUAGAAACAGAUGUAUAUAAUCAAUAUGUCCUUACAUAAAAUUGUCCCAUUUGUUACAGAAUAUAAUCUUGGUUGUUUAUGAAUGAUUUCAUUUGUAUUAAGAUGUGUAUGAGCGAAAGUAAGUGAUCGUACAGUACAGUAUGUCAUUUCUGACUUCAUUGGUGCAAUUAAAAUAAUUUUUUUAAAUAUACGUUGAUUAAAAGUUGAGAAAUGCUAAUAAAUUGAAAAAAAUGAGAAAA